AUGUCAUCAUUAUCAGCCAGAACCGGUUCUGACCACUGUAACAAGAGGACUCUACUGCAAUUCCCAGAGACUGGAACCAAGACGAUUGUCCUGGCUGAGCCGUCCGCAGCCAGAAAGAUCAAAAGCUGGCGACAUUUCGACCCAGAGAAUGUCAUUGCGGUGACCCAAUGGGAAGAUCACCACAGAAGCGGACAAUACCCGUCCAUACGUAUCGAUGUGCCGUCCUCUACCCCGGGCGGUGACCCCGGCGAGGUCACCAUAGCGCUCGUUCGUGGGCAUCACGAUGUCCGCAACCAGCAUCCAGCGUUUGGCAUCACGUAUCGUCCACCUCCAUCACGCGUGAGGAAAUUGAAUCAGAUUGGCCACAUCCCACCGACGACGCCAGACUCCAACUCCAAGUCGUCAGUACCCAUGAAUCAACAGCGCCUCUCACCGCCGAUCAUCCGCCAGGUGUUUCCGUUGCCCCCUACGCCGCCGGCAUCUCCAUCGCUUCAGUCAAAACUGUCGACCGCGUCCCUCACGCCGCAGUACCGAGAUCGAACUGUCUCAGUCAUCUAUGCCUCUCAUGGUAUAGAAUACUCUGCCUUGGAGGCGUUCGUGAGGACUCACCUGGUUGCCGAGGCGGCAUUACCCCUGACUGCCCUCCUCCAUCCUUUCGACGAUGUUCGUAGCCCAUGGUGGCUCAGUCGAUCAUUGAAUAUCAAGGGCAUGGCUUCCGGCCUGGAAACGGCGAGGACGACAUGUGCCAAGGCUUGGAUCAGCACUCGUGACGGGGAGAGAAUCACCAAGGGCAUUAUGCACCGCGGCCUGCAUCGACGCACCCAUAGCGUCCGCGAUGUUCGGCAAGCACUUGAACAAUCGCAUUUAUCUUUAGAAACGACAAUGUCAGCCCAGAAAUCCACCCGUGCCCUUGCAUUAGAGAUUGGCGAAGACGUUGCCCUCACCAGCGAAGGCAUUUGGGAAGAAGAACCGGAAUAUGUAUUGAAGAAUCCACUCGAUAUACUCGGGGGGCAAGGUUGGAGCACGUCUCUGCGUAUUGAGGCUCUGAAAUAUUGA